UCUUUUGCCCCCGGCCAGAUAUUCUAUUGCCGGAAUAACCACCCAACCCCGAACGGUGUCCCAUCUCAAAUAAAAAACUACCAUCAAACUAUCGCUUAUCGGUUUCCUCUCCACUCUCCAUAAAAAAGCUAUUCCCCCUUCUCCCUCCAUUUCACUCAAAGGCGAGAUUUUUAACGCGAUAUCGAUUCCCAUGGCCACCGAACCGACGGCCGUCGGCCGCGGAGACACUACAAUUGAGGACCUCCACGAGGACGUCCUGACGAGGGCUCUCCGGCUCCUGGACGGGCCGGCGCUGGCGGCGUCGAGCUGCGCCACCGCCCGCCUCCGGUCGCUCUCCACCCAGCCCCAACUCUGGCGCGACCUCUGCCUCGCCACCUGGCCCUCCCUCCGCCACCCCCGCCUCCUUCGCCUCCUUCCCUCCUUCCACCAGUCCCACCGCUCCUUCUUCUCCGACGCCCACCCCUUCCCCUACCCCCGCGCCACCACCGCCGCCGGCGAAGGCCGCCGCCUCACGGAGCUCAUCUCCGCCGUCGAUCUGUACCGCGACGGCGACCCGAUAUGCUCCCGCGUCGUGGAGACGGAGACCACCACGCUCUGGUUCCAAGGCGCGCCCUUUCGCAUCGACGCCCUCGACCGGAAGGAUCCAGCGGCGGCGACGCCGGUGAUAUCGCCGGCGGAAUUAACCUUGAGCUGGGUGGUGAUCGACCCGGUCGGACUCCGCGCGGUGAACCUAUCCAGCCGGCGGCCGGUGUCGGUGGACCGGCACUGGUACACGGGAGAGACCCUGGUCCGGUUCGCGACGGUUUUGGAGGCGAAAGGCUUGGUUUACUCCGCCGGCGUGGUGGUCACGUGCGGGGAGGAGACGGGACACGUGAGGGAGGCGAGCCUGACGGUCGAGAGCAUGGAUGGUACUUGCUUGAGUGGGAGAGACACCUUGGAAAUCUUGGGGGCCGCAUUAGAAGGUCAGAGGAGAAGGGAAACGAAAGGGGAAACGAUGAAGAGAUACGAGGAGUUCGUGAAGGCGAAACGGCGGCGGAAGGAGCGGAAAGCGAGGAGGGAGGGGAUGCUGGACAUGUUCUGCACCGCCCUCGGGGUCUCAGUGUUCCUCAGUUUUUUGUUAAUGGUGGCUUUCAAAUAAUUAAUGUUCUCAGUUUUCCGAUAAUUAUUAGUAUGAUAAUUUUUUAUUCAUCGUCGGCGGCCGGCUGGCCUGUCGGAAAAAUUGGCCGGCAGUCAAGACCAGAAAAUAAACCUCCCCAGGUCAUGUAAGUAUGGGAAUAUAUGCCUACAUGAGACAAGAGUGCUCAUGGAUAAGAUUAUUCUACUGUACCUAAUCUUAAUAUAUUUUUUUUCUCAUAAUAUCAUGCUUAAGAUGAUGUAUUUGUACUUCUUGUAUUCUUAUCGGCCAAAUGAUGCCUUGAGAAGUUACAUGUUCAUUUCUGAGUUUUUUAAA